UUUGAACGGUCGCCGGGAGUAAGGAAUCUAGACUGGAGGGGAGGUAUGGCCGAGAGGCAGCCAAUGCUCUCGUUUGCUAAGGUGGUCUCGGGCCAAAUUAGCGAGACGAAUUCCGCACAAGCAGCCCCAGUUCGUUCCACAUCGCCCAGUACUCGUCCAACCGUAGCAGCAUCCAGCCAGAAGCCCGAUCAUAGAAAUGAGAAAAGGCAUGACAAGGCUGAACGCACGGACCGACCGGAGAAAGGUGGCGUCGGCGCAGGAGCGGAGAAACAAGAGAAGCACGAUAGAAAUUUCGGGAACCGACGUCGCCCACCGAAGUACAGGGACCGUCAUGAUAAACGAGGGAAUAAGCCAGAACCAGUAAAAGAGGAGAAAGCACCCAGCGUUGAGGAGACAGCACCUCCGCAGGAGCCUGUGGUGCUUGAGCCUGCGCCACUUCCAGCUGUAAAUGCGUGGUUUAGAAAUAAAGGUUCAACAGAUUCGAGUCAUGGUAUAGAUGUGGGCACAAAUUCCAACAACGACGAACAUAAGCACGUAGAAGAUGAAGUCGAGGUAAAGGAAGAUAAUGCAUCAUCUGCACAAGUAGCACCAGUUGUUGAUGGAACGCCGAAAACUAAAAAUGUGGAUCCUGAGUGGCCGACUUUAGACGCAGCAAAACAGGAAGAUUUAAUUGCAAAUGGAACAGAUUCUCGUCAGCAUUCCCCGACAGCGGAUUCGGCAAAGCAUGUAUCUGGAUAG